AUGGCCUUAUCACAGCCCAGUGACCCAUCUCAGAACCCCGGCAACCCCUCCGACGCCACAGGAGAAAGUGGGCAUGCCCCGCCCUCGCUCGCUCGUAAUCCUAGUGUCGGUUUGGAGACCAAGGAGGGAACCUUAUAUGUGUCGAAGCCAUUUCGCUCGUCUUCAACAAACAACAUGCGCGCAGUAAUAACGUUUACUCCGCGCAAAUCGCAUUUUGACACAACGAACGAGUCAUCCGGUAGUAAUGAGUUCCGCGGUUUCUUCACGCUCUUCUGGAUCUCCAUGUUUAUCUUCACUGUGCGCACAUAUAUACGCAGCAUCGAGACCAAUGGCUACGCCCUCAACCUAGGAUUUGCCACCAUGUUCUCGCGCGAUGCAAUCACCCUCACACUUUCCGAUGCUACCCUUGUCGGAAGCACCUUCCUCUGUGUCCCCUUCGCUAAAGCUAUCAAGAAUGGGUGGAUUAAGUAUCAUUGGACGGGGGUGAUACUACAGCAUUUGUGGCAGUGCUGUGUGCUGGCAUUUGCAGUUACGUGGACCUUCAACAGGCAAUGGCCCUGGGUCCAGUCAGGAUUCCUGACCCUCCAUUCGUUGGUCAUGAUAAUGAAGGUGCAUUCGUACAUUGCCACGAACGGGAACCUGACGGUUGCAAACGCCGAGGCUGAGAGCAUUUACGCGAAGUUGCAUAGCGCCGUAGCAGAGGACGGUGGCUGGGACUCUGCCUUGGCAGCUGCUGAAGCCAACAGAACCAAAAUUGAAAGCGAAGGGGGGCACGUCGGCAACGGGAACAGUUAUCCCAACGGAACACCUAAGGUAACGGAGGGCUCGACCACGUCAUACAUUCCCCCGGAUGCCGCCGUUGCACUUCGCCAACGGAUCACGGCUUCUGGCUCUCGCAUCACUCAGGAUUCCGAAUCCUCUUCCCGUUCCGACACACCAGAACGUACGACACAAGUCAAGACGGCCGGGACGCGCGUGGCUGGAGUGUCUGAGCCCUCGGACAUCCCACCGACACCGUCGCAGAUUCUUGCAAAUCACCCGAGUUCUCAUAUUGCGGAGUUGGCACGCGCACACGCUGAGCUGGAGGCGGAACUUACUAGCUCGGGUCCCGAACACAUUCGUUGGCCUGCCAAUAUCUCGCUGAGAAAUUUCGGUGUGUAUUUACUGAUCCCGUCGCUGGUGUAUGAGCUGGAGUAUCCUAGGACGGAUCGCAUCCGCCCACUAUAUGUUUUCGAGAAGACAGUGGCGACGUUCGGGUCGUUCGCGCUGUUGUACACAGUGACGGAGAGCUUCAUCCUUCCGUUGACCCCCACGCCGGAUCAGUCCUUCUUCCGCUCCCUGCUCGAUCUUGCGCUACCGUUCAUGAUCGCAUAUCUGUUACUGUUCUAUCUCAUCUUCGAAUGUAUUUGCAAUGGAUUCGCAGAACUAUCUUACUUUGCGGACCGUCGGUUCUAUGAUGACUGGUGGAACUCUACGUCGUGGGACGAAUUCUCGCGCAAAUGGAACCGCCCAGUGCAUACCUUCCUACUGCGCCAUGUAUACGCGUCAACGAUAACCAACUACCAGCUGUCGCGCACCAGCGCGAUGUUCUUGACGUUCUUACUGAGUGCCUCUGCCCACGAGCUGGUCAUGGCGAUUGUGACGAAGAAGAUCAGGAUGUACUUAUUUGUUCUCCAAAUCAUUCAACUCCCACUGAUUGCUAUUGGCCGUAUUCCAGCUAUAAAGCGCAACAAACUCCUUGGUAACAUUGUAUUCUGGCUGGGCCUCUAUGCGGGACUGCCUCUGCUCUGCGUUGCUUACGUCGCGUACUGA